AUGAAUUUGGAGCAAGCAGACUUGAGAAACAAGGCUUGGCUCCCAGAAGUGUCGUACAAAGAUAGGCCCAUGCUCGGGGGCUAUCACUUAACGGCCAAAGAGCUCUUGAGCAGAGGAAGUCGCUUGUAUCCAGCCUCCCUGCGUUCGUCCAUGGGUUCAACAGAGGAGCGCAAGGAGCGCCGCUACCCCGGCCGCAUCUGUGGCUUCAGCCCGUCCCUGGAACACAGCGGGACACGGCGAUCGUUGAGCCCGAAGAGGGCAAGGAUGGAGGUAAAGGAUGACUCCUCACAAACGACGCAAGCUUCUUCAGCGGCCUUGCCAACAGUGGCGCCUGCGGCGCCAACAGCGGCAACUACAGUGGAAUCUGAAUUAGAGCUGCUGAAGAAGCAGCUGGGUCUUCUGUCCAUGGGCGCGGGCAUGCUGUUGAAGAAGCUGGAAGAGGCUCCUGUCACGCCACCAGGUGUACCUGUCGCAACGUCAUCGGUGGAGGUGGAUGGUUCCUCUCCCAGGUCACGGAUUUCUGAGGAACCACACCCUUCACCUUCCAGGUCGCCAUCCAUCCGUCGCGCCAGCGAUUCGAAGGUGAGUUUCGCUCAGAUGCCCUUUAUUGAGCAAGGUUCAGAACCUGUGACUCCAGUCAAUGCAUGGCAUCAGUUUGGAAACUCUGCCGCCACUCCGCCUCCUGUUUGGGGGCAAGUGGACUAUGGCGCCCGUAGCGUUCCUGGCGUUCCUGGCGUUCCUGCUUUGGUCAGGUGUCCAGUGGUGACUGUGAACAACUUUGUGCAGGUCCGUCCAAACAAUCCAGUGACCCAAAGGGUCCACAUGGUCCACGGAGUGAGUUCUAGAAGUGUGUGA